AUCGAACUGUCCCGGCCGAAGUCAGUAAAGGAGAACCGUAUUGACCAGACUUGCGAGGUCUGGCAUACCUCCGUCGCCUUUGGGUGAGUUUUCUCGCUCUCACACUCCACAGUGUCUUCUCUCUGUGACUCUUGCCUGCGUCUCGUCGCUUCCUUCGAGUUCCCAUCUCUUUCUCCGUUUCUCUGUAUCCUUUUGAACGCUCCGAAUUUCCGCGUUUCUCUCCGCCUUUCCGUUCUUUUCUUGUCUAUCAGUCUCCUUCAUCUCACUCGCCGUCUCUGCCUGUGUCUCUGUUUCUUCUUCUCUUGUUCUCACCGUUUCCUUCGUACUUGUUUCUUUGCGUUCCGCCGUUCUCUUCUGCAGACAAAGUCAAUUAGCGCCAAGCGUUGCGGCCUGACGACUCGGGCAGAAUGCUUCUUGCUGGCGAUCCAUGUCUCUGUGUCUCCCGUCGGUCCGCGGCCGAGUUGCAGGCGCCUCUCUUUCGCCUUUGGUAUCUUCCCUCUUUUUUGUGAACUUUACUCCCUGUUUCCUCAGAAGAAUGGCGUUGCUUUCCUCAACUUCACUUUCGAAGUCUCUGCCCUCUUCUUCUGUCUCUUCUUCUUGUCCAUCGGUUUCCUCACCUGCAGAGUAUGUCGAUUGGCAGCGGCACCUGGGAGCAGACGAUCCGACAGAAACAUACCGGUUCUCUAAAUGGCCGAUUGAAAGAGGCAUCGUUUUUUUCUGGAGUUCUCUCUCCAUCGCUUUUACGAAUCUAAAGCCUGUUGUGCCAGGCCACGUUCUAAUCAUCCCCAAACGCGUUGUCCCGAACUUUCGCGACUUGGCAGAAGAGGAAGUAAAGGAUUUAUUUGCAAGUGCCCGUCUCGUGGCUUCUCUUGUAGUCUCGAAACACAAAGCAGAUUCUUUUUCAAUUACUCUCCAAGAUGGUCGCGACAGUGGACAAACCGUGUCCCACGUUCACCUCCACGUCCUUCCUCGGUUUCAGGGCGACUUAGAGCGGAGACCUGGCGUUGACCGGGAAGAGCAAAAGCCUCGAACUCGGGAGGACAUGGCAGUCGAGGCGGCGGCGCUACGCGAAUGGAUGCUGCAGCUAUCCCAAAAAAGGGAAUCGUGCAUAUAAGUCUGUCUCCUGCUUUCGAGGGUUUUCUCCUUUUUUUGUUUCCGUUUUCUGUCCCCCUCCUUUUGCUUUUUUCGUUCUUUGCACAAAAAGAGUUCGAAACUUCCCCGAGAUCAAGAUGCGUUGCCUCGGAGGACCGAAAUGAGCCUUCGUUCAGCCUGACCUCGUAUCCAUUUCGGGUUCGCUCCCUGUAAGAAAAAGAACAAACCAAUUUUGUCACGCUCCUCUCUGUCUCGUAUGUCCCUUACAUGCAUCUUUUUCGAUUCAUCUAUAUACGAACAUAUAUAUAUAUAUAUAUAUCGGCAUGUGCAAACAGAAAGGCCUUGCUGAGGCGGAGAAAAAACGAAAAUUUCGGUUUUUGCCCUAACACGCUCGUGUACAAGCAUGUGAACAAUUGGAUUUAUAAACGUGUAUGAGACAUUCAUGUGUAGCAUUCGGCGACGGUGUCGGAUCAGGUGAGACCGUAGACUCUGCAUCGCUGUGUUUAGGUGGAGGCCGACAGCUCUUUAUGUGAAGAUUUGUCGAAAGUGAG